AUGGCACGGCUGCACGACCCCAGGGGCUUGGCCGUCUGCCGGGGCGAGCUGCUGAUCGCCGACUACUUGAACAGCAGGAUCCGUGCUUACGACCUCACGACGGGCAUCAUCACCACGAAAGUGGGUAGCGACCACGGCUAUGCAGGCGACGGGGGCGCCCCCCACCAGGCGAAGCUCAGCGGCCCCGCGGGCGUCGUGUGCGACGAGCUGCGAGGGUAUUGGAUUGCGGACACCGGGAAUUCGGCGAUCCGAGGAGUCCGCGUGACGCCCGGGCAGUCCGACGUGAUCACCACCGUGGUGGGCGGCUUGGGCCAGGGCUUGGCAUCUCCCGGCACUUGGAGUACUCAAGCGAAGCUGAACCACCCCAUGCAGCUGGCGAUGUCCGUGAGGUGGGGAGCACCACGGUCCUUGGUCUACGUGGAGUCUUGGAAUGCUGUGGCACGAUUUCUGCCUUUGGGGAGCCGCGUGAUGGAGGGCGCGGUGCAACAGGUGAUCGGAACUGGAUCCACAGGGCAUGUGACGAGCGUUGGGGGGAAGAACAUCCAGCUGAACCGACCCGAAGGUGUAGCAGUGCAUUCCUCCACUGCCUUCGUGGCAGACACCAUGAACCAUCGCAUCAUCAUGGUGCCGAUCCUGGAGUAUGAGCCUUUGGGUUGCUUCAAGGAGGUCACCGUGGAGGGCGAAAGCACGCUGGUGCCCACACUGGAGGGUGAUAUGGAGGCGGGCUUAAGUCCAGCUGAGGGCCCCUGUGGUGAGGAGAUGCUGGACGUGAACGAUGCCGUGGCACGCUGUGCACAUGCCACGAUGCGCAAGGAGACCAUGAAAGCGAUCAACGCCAGCUGUCGCAGUAAGGGCGGUCACUAUGCAGGCUACAGCUGCAAGGUGGUCAGUUGGGACGACGUGAGCCGCGGGACUGGGCCGUCGGGCUUGUCCUGCUGGGGUGCCAACAUCACGGACACCUACCUGAAGAGUAGGAGUGGCACGCCGCUCUUCACCCUCCGCGCUGACAACUGGAACGAACGCCUCGGCAUCAUCGACGCCCAGCGCGUGGCGCUGGUGGCACCAGGGGCGCCGGGCUUGUCGGCGCCGGGCGAGGCGCCGACGCUGCGGCCCGUGACGUUGCAAAGGGUGCUGAAGGAGAUGGGUCGCUACGGUCACUAUGCGGGAUUGGCCAGUGAUGUGGAUCUCUCGGACGCGCUCAGGGACACCAAGUGCUCAAUUCGCUUUCAGACCACCUUCCUCCCGGUGGAGGCAUCCGACACGCGCCCAGCAGUGCUGGAGUUUGCCACUGAGGCCUACAAUUACAACACCAUGCGGGACGAGGAUCCCAGGAAUCUGGUCUUGCUGUGCACCUCCCAGGGGAUCGCCGUGCAACAGGAUGGCCGUGGAGCGAAGAAGCUCUUCCACCAUGCAGCCGACCCCUCGGGGCGGAUUCAUCGCUAUUGGCUGGAGGCAGAAGAGACGCAUCACAAGGUGGGUGGUGAACAGCGUGAAACGGACGCCGAGCGUGCAGUGGCCUUGGCGCGCGGCAAGGCCACGGCCAGUGUUAUUGGGAUCCCAGCGAUGGGUCAACGCUUCAAUGUGCUGAUGACUAUCCAGGUGCCCUUGCGCCAGGCGCCGAAGCGAGUCACAGGAGGCCUCAGCAGCGUCAGCUGGAAUGGAACGGGCGAGCUGGUGGUGACGACGGUGUCGCAGUAUGAACUGGGGGACACGCUGAAUCAGUGCAAGAUGCUCUGCAGCAAGUCCGCUUACCAGAUGCUCUCGUACAAGUUCCAUGGCCGCGCUCGCAGCCGCAGCGGUCACGCACGCGGCCGCGGCGGGAAGAGCAGUGCGGCGCGGGUGUCGCGGGGCAGCGAGGUGGACAUUUGGCCCGGCUUGACAGUCCAGUCACCCCAGCGCCACCCGGCGGAGCAUGUCACCGUGACCGUGCAGCUCUAUCACGUCGUGGUGGGCGGCGUGCCCAGCGAGGAGGACGUGACUGCAGCGAUCGACGAUUUGGAGAACUUGUACCGGGCGUGCGUGGAAGAUGGCAAGCUUGCUGAUGGUAAGUUCGAUUUCCUGAAGAAGCCUUUGUCCUUGGAUGACCUCGCAGACAUUCCCAAGAAGGUCUGGUCGCAACCGCCGGAGGUCAUGGACUUCGACGUCUUCCCGGUCUGUGCCUCUGCUGCGGACGCCGACCGCUGGUACCGCUUCAACGGCGCCUCCACGACCUGCGAGAAGGGCCGCGGCGGGCUCAUGGCCAAUAGCGCUUACCGGCUGAUCAAGGAGCAUGCCAAGGAUUUGCUGGGGAACUUCUACGUCAUCGCAGGGCAAGCACUCACCACUGAGGCCUUGCAAGAGGCAGAGAAGCCUCGUGCGGGCUACUUUGGAGACCGGCUUGCCAGCUGGUUGAGUGCCAUGGAUGAGCCUUCCCAACUGGCUGCAAGCGCCACCACCCGAAACAUCUUCUUUGGGGACCGCGGCAACAACCGGGUGCGUGUGAUUUUUGGUUCCUUGGGGCCACAGCCACAGACGCAGCAAUUCUACUGCACAAACGGCUUGGAAUGCGUCUUGAACGUCGAGGGCAACGGUUUCUCAGAGAAGGACCACAUUGCCUUCUCGAGGGACUACUUCACAGCACCCGUGGUUUGUGGACAGGACCGCCUGGAAGAGCAAUUCCCACAGGUGCAUAACCUGGCGCAGUGGAGCCGGCUUUUCCUGAACAAGGACUUCAACCUGGCACGGAUCAGCCUUCCGGUGGUCGGGCAGUUCAUCGUGUGCUAUUGCAUCGGCAAUGUGGGCAAAGAAUGCGAUGUGACCAAAGAGUACGAGUUCAAGGCUGGUCGCUUGCACGUGGUGGGCCCCAACGCACGCAGCACCGUCUAUGCACUGGCUGGGGUGCCCUUCGACUUGGCACUCUUCGGUGCGGCGUUCCGGCUCACCGACCGGAUCCGCCUGAUCCGGAUGAACGAAACCUGCGGAGCUGGAGGAGAGACUCCGGUGGACGACAUGCUGCCCUUUGUGCGCGUGCCGGGGAACAGUUCUUUGAAAGCUGGCCUUGGCCCUUGGGACGAAGGCACUGAGACCUACCAGGUUUGGCGCGACCUGAUCAUUGAUGAGGCCACCGAGUUGAAGGUUUGCUGGUGCGACGUGGCGCCCUGUCCUUACGACUCCCACUUUAAAGUGGAAGCCAUGUACCUCUCCGUUGGAGGCCCCACACAGAAGACCCAGGUGGUCGAGUUUGGACAACGCUUCGACUUACUCUUAGAAGGCCCUGGUGGCUUCAAGGCGGCCGACCGCGUGCGGCUGCAAGACGCCCAAGUGCCCUGCAACAGCCCACAGCGCCGAGCGGACUUGGAGGACGCCUUGCCUUUGGACGCCACGCCGUGUGAGAUCUCGGCCACCUCAGUGAGGUGGUGCGGAGUGAAGAUUCCCCUCUCGGCGCCCUCCUCGCUGGUCGCCUGUUGGUGUGGUGCCUUAGGCGGUUUCAACGCCACCAACUACACGGGCGUUCCAGCGGUUUGGCUCACGGUGAAUCCUGGGCCUCCGCUGCAGACCGAUGCCGGUCCGGUCUACAGGAAGGGCUUCUGCCCACGAGUGCAGAAGUACGGGAGCUGCAAAUACUGUGAUGGCGAUGAUGGUAAAGGAGGUGGAAAGGACGGCAAGGGCUCUUGGGGUGGAAAGGACGGAAAAGGCUGGAGCCCAUCUGGCGGUGGAUGGGAUGGAGGAAAAGGCUGGGGUGGAGGAAAAGGCUGGAGUCCAGGAGCCUACAGCGGCCCUGGAGGAGUGUGGAAUCAGUUCUUGAAGUGGAACAGUGGGAAAGGGAAGGGCAAGGAUCAGCGGAAGAAGAUUGAUCCCAGUCGAACCAUUUGGGUCGGCAACAUCCCUGCAGACACCAAGUUCCAGGAGCUGAAGAGCCACGUGGAGCUGUCCGGCGUGGUGCCCCUUUGGGCGGAGGUCUAUUCGGGAAAAGGUGCCGGCACCGGCGCGAUCGGCUUCAAAACGGAGCAAGAGGCUGCGGAGGCCGUGAUGGCGGCGAUGGACUGA